CCUCAGGUCCCGGGAAGAUACUGCAAAACGCGAUAGCCUUGUUUCGUCGACCGCACAAAGAUAAAAAGGUCCUACAAAGGUCUCUUUAACAGCAGGCAAUUUCUUUGUGUUGCGCAAGCAAAGCGUCACGUCCUAUCCUUCACUCGCACAUUCUUAUUACUGUGCUGCCGCUAUCUUGUUUUGUGUAUUCAAGUUCUGUGGCUCGGGUUUCUCCAACAACCUCUACAUUCGUUUUUUUUUCAGACGCAGGCAUACAAGUCAUGGCACCGAAACUCUUCUCCUUCUCGGUCUCGGUCUUUGCCAUCUUUCUGCUUUCUUGCUUAUCCCUUCUUGCGCGUGCAAGUCCCAUCCCCAUCGUUCUUCCACCCAGUGAGGGUAUCACUCUAUUUAUGGAUGUCGUCGCGCGCGAGCCUUGGCUCGAAGUGAAUAUAUUGACACGUGAGCCUGCUCCCGAUGUGGAGCUGCGUGAAGCCACUGGUGUCUUGGCCCGAGACGAAGAUGCAGAACACACUGCGGAUCCCUCCAUACUCGUCGACGAUCCCGACGACGAACUGGAGGCACGCCUCUGUCGUUAUGGGUGCCUUUGAUUUUUUUUUCUCCGUGAUAGGCGUGUAUCCACUACAUCUAUUCCUUCCAGUAAUAUCUGGAGGGCUGGUGUCAUUUCACCGUCCGCUCAUUUGUCACUUUCCCCUCUGUUUUUGUUUUUCUGCUAUGUAUUUGAUAGUCUAUCCUUUCAUUUCGUUCUGACGGACUCUCGCUCGAUGCGACUGAGAAAUGCUAUAUAUAUAUAUAUCCCUGUCUUGUAGCCUGUGUCAAAUUUAGUGUCCUCUGAAUAUACUAGCCUCUGUCA